AUGAAGGCUGCCGCCCAAAAGGUGUAUAAAGCAGACAACUCUGGGCCUUAUCGCAAGCCACAUCCCAGAAGCAAUGUCGCACCACAUAAUCGGGUAGAUUACCUGACGCAUAACUCUCUGAUACGAGGAUUCAUGGGCGCUGGGUUGCUACCCGCAUUCAACCGCUAUCAAAGAAUCUUCACAACACAGUUGGUAUCAACUCUGAACGAGCACCAACAGGUCAAUGGCUGGAUUUCAAUGCCAGAUAUACAUCAAUUUUUUCGGGACAACCUGGGACGUUCUGUUGUGGAGUCGUUCUUUGGCCCGUUGUUGUUGAAGACCAAUCCCACAUUCAUGCAAGAGCUCUGGGAGUUUGACGAUGCCACGCCAUCGCUGUCAAAGCGAUUACCGCGAUGGCUGAUUCCGCGUGCCUACCGCGUUCGUGACUCUUUACUGGGCCAAAUUUUGGCUUGGUAUGAGAAUGCUCGGGCCCAAUUCAAGGAUUCGCUUAUUGAUACCGACGGGAACGGAGAUCCUUGCUGGGGAUCAGAAAUGAUGCGCGAGAGGCAGGAAUUUUUGCUCGCGGUUGAUGGGCAGGAUGAUGAAUCACUGGCAUCUUCUGACCUUGGUCUGAUCUGGGUGUCUGUGACAAACCUUGUUCCAUCGGUAAUGAUGAUGGCUCUCCAUGUCUUUGCCGACCCGGUGCUUCUUCGGCGCCUCCGGAAGAGCUUACGCGACGUCAUGACGAUUAAGAAAGACGCUGUAGAUGGAGAAGCUGCUCAAGUGAGGAUCGAUAUGGACAGGGCCAUCAAAAAUCCACUAUUACAAGCGGUGUAUGCGGAGACACUUCGCUUACAUGUCCAGGCGUUUGUGACCCGCAGCUCCGCGCACGAGUCGGUCAGUAUCAACCAGUGGUGGCUAGAACAAGAAAAGGUGGUGAUGGUCAAUUCCUAUCCGAAUCAUAUGGACAAGAAAAGCUGGAACGAGGGGCUCAAUGGAGUCCACCCAGUGGAGACUUUCUGGCCGGACCGUUUCUUGCGAGAUCCCGCAGACCCACAAUCCGGACCGAUGCGAGUGAAAACCGCGUCUGAGAAAAUGACAGAGACGGCAAACGAGCCCUUUUUCUCUCUGUCCGGCCUGGAGGGAAUGUGGAUUCCGUACGGUGGUGGGACUUCGGCAUGUCCCGGACGCGUCUUCGCUAAGCGGGUUAUGCUUUACACCUGCGCGUAUCUGGUUAGUCACUUCGAUAUAGACAUCCAGGCCGAUUGGGAAAUGGACUCCUCGUCAUUCGGACUGGGAACCCAAAAGCCAAAGGGUAAGGUUCCUUUUGCUAUUCGAAGAAGAAGUCUUCCCCUGGAAGAGAUGCAGUAA